CACAUAAACAAAGCCUUGAAGAUUUUUUCUAGUGGUGGGUGUACAAAUACACACAUCUUUGGAGAUGUUUCAGUCACAGCUGAUGAUGUUACACUCCAGGGAAUCACAUUCUAUUCUUCAACAGAGUCGUUUUCCACUCUCAAAAUUUACAACUCCUUUACAACCAUCGUAAAUUGCCGAUUUGUUGAAAAUUUAGAAUCAACAGCUCUCUACUCUCCGGUGCCUUCUAUGGCCAUUGACUGUGAGAGUUGUCCUCAUCUGCACAUUGUGAACAAUGACUUUUAUGGCUGGAAGCACGCAGUGUUAGUGAAAACCACCGACAGUCUUGUUAUACAGACAAACACGUUUAGGUUUUGCCACAGUGCAGUACUGAUUUUAACUGAAGGUGCCUGCAACGUAUGGGGGAACCUCUUCAAGAAUAACAUUAUUGGAAUACAGUCUCCGAUUAUGGCGUUGACAGAGAAGUUCUUGAAUAACAAUGAUUUUUCUGGGAAUGUUAUUCCCCUGUUAGGCAAUGGAUCGUUUGUUUCUUACCCACCUUUGCACACAAAAUAUAGUGAACCUGUCCAAACCAGCAACAUAUUCUAUGUAACUGGGGAAUGUAAUGUGGAGAAUACCAGUUUACCACCCUAUGAAAAUUGUGCCAAAUUUGAGACCGGCUCAAUCCCAAAAGCUGUGGAUGCUGUAGAAGGUAGUUUGACAGUCACUCUGGUUAGAACCCUAUCAUCAUUCUUCUUCUCUCUUCUAGCUGGUCAAGAUCAAGAGGUGGUGCAGGAGUUUUACCUGCCAGAAGAUGCCCAACCCGGUCAUCUUAUUGGCACCGUUAAGUGCCGUAGUCGUGGGGUGAGGUUCAGCAUCACCGAUACACAAGUAAGAGAUGUUUUUAGUGUUCAUCAAGAGAGUGGUAAGCUAUAUCUACUCCGUCCUGUUCUUGAUUUCGAGUUAGUGCCAGAGUAUAGCUUUUCAGUUGUGUUUGGUUUCCCUCAGAAUGGGAUGCAUAAGACAACAAAUGUGAGGAUAGUUGUGUUAGAUGUUAAUGACGAGAAACCAGUAUUUGAACAUGAUAUUUACAGGGCAAAUAUCACUCAAUUGGCACAGAGUGGUUCUAAGCUUGUUCAAAUAUCGGUUCAUGAUAAAGAUCAGGGUGAUACAUUGAGCCUUGAUCUGAUAGCCUACAGUGUUCAUAGUCUGGGACUCUUCAGUAUUGAUCAAUCUUCAAGACACAUAAGUACUGCUAGACAAGUGGUUGUUGAUGAUUUAGGGAGACACGACAUGAUAGUAAUUGCUUCUGACCGUGGAGGGCUAGUAGCGUAUGCUCUAGUAGUUAUCAAUAUAGAGAAUACGCCAAAUCCUCCCUUCGGAGUACUGGAUGUGUAUCAUGGUUAUUUAGUUGUAUACUCAAGCCAAUUUUAUGGGGUCAUCGGACAGCUUGAUACUGCUAGCAAUCAGGCAAUCACAGAAUGCGGUAUUCGUGGCCCCAUGCAUGCAGCUUUUCAUCUUGACCAGAACUGGAAUAUUUGGCAAAUAGGAGAGGUAAAUCCAAAUGGAGGUAGACUCAGCAUCAUUUGCUCUGACCACACCAGAGUUAAUGCUGUGUACGUAUAUUCCCUUUUCCUUGACUAUUAUUCCCACUCAAUAAGUCGUAGACAGUCA